AUGGGAUGUCCGGGCGAUACCAUUGGUGUGGGCAAUUACCGGGGUCAGAAGGGUGGCGAAGAAGGCAACACCGCCGUUGAGCGACAGCAAGUGCUUUACAGCGAAAUCGCUAGCUUCCUCUGGAACUCGGAUGACGAGGACGGCAGUAAGCAACCAAGAGAUGCGGGCGACGCCCAGUAUGGCGGUGACGAACGAGGGGAAAGUGGUGGUGAUCAAACGGCCAGCGUAGCCGCAUACCAGGAAAACGCUGCCACGGGCUCUGCUACUGAUGGUGACUUGCACGGCAAAGGUGGCGGCAGCGCCGGUAUUACGUCGAAUAGGUACAUCGGAAAGGACCCGGGCGCUACGGACGGCUUCCACAGGAGGGGUUACGACAAAGAACGGGUUGGAAGAAGUACCGCCGGUUCUGUGCUUCCUAUCUCCGCACCGGAAGCGCAAAAGGGACAGCGGGACGUUAUCCUAAGGAAUACAACGCCAAUUGUGCGCAGUGACAUCGGUGGCAAUAAUGAACGUACCGCUCAUGUUGUGCCUAUCGUUAUCGCCCCGAUCCGUCAUGGUGGCGACAAUGACAACGUUCAAUACCGGUCCCCCCCUUGGAGUCCAACGGGCGUCAUGGAGAACGUUAUUACGUCUGGGACGGACACAUCACCGGCUGGGGACGAUGAAGAGCGUGGCGGUUUGGGGCUGUGGAAUCGGCCUUAUCAUUCGUAUUUUAACGAUGAACCUGCAAGGGGCAGAACAGGGGGGGAGGGGGUGACAGGAAGCAGAUGGACAGCCCACAAGCACGACUACAAAUGCGACGCUGGUUCGAUUUUCGAGGAUUCUUACACGGCCGACGAAGAUGACUCCCGCUGGGAGGCUUGGCUGAAAAGCGAUGGUGGGGAGGAGGAGAGUGACGGCGACGAACGACGGCUAAGCGCUGUAGACGAGGCAAAGCAGGGGCACCCGGGCGGCGGCUCUCCGACACCGGCAUCGAGGAAAUCUUCUUCGUGUUCGCCCCGCAAGACCGGCUUAUCCCCGGAUGCGAGGCCGUGGCUUCUCAAGCGCUCCCCCCAGUGGGAGGAUUUCAGGCGGCGCCGUUCCUCGCUCCUGUCCCUGCAUUUCGGCAAGGGUUCGCUCAUCUCUAGUACCACGGACCCCCAGUUAGGGCGCCCUGAAAGCGGCCGGCGUAUCCAUUCGAGAAAAAGUACGGCCAGGUCGAGGCGGUCGCUGCUGGAGAAGCCGAGGCAUACACGAAGAGCCUCGGGAGGACGGGGUCGCGAUCGCUCCCCCGCCGUAAAUCUCACGCCUUGUACGGAGAUCGACUCGCCGGCGGCAGCAGCCGGCAACGACUCCGGCGACGACGUCGCGGAAGAGAAAUCUCGCCCCAAGCCCUCUAGCGUUGUUCCGAGCGGUAGUAGACGCCAGGUGCAGAUCUCGGAAAACGGCCAAGAAAAGGCUCAGGAGGCAGGGGUGGUAGCGGGAGUAACAGCGGGAGUGGGGGUGUUGGGUAGACACCGACGCCCGUCCGGCACUUGGGGACUGGACAACUCACCGCAAAAUAGUUCGUUCUCGGGGUUCAGCUCCAUUUCAGGGAUGAACGAGAGCAAGUCGAGUAUCGACGUGCACAACUUUUUGGAGGAAUCUCUCGGAUCCGCUUAUGAAGACGGGGAUGGCAGUAGACGAGAAGGAGUUGACAAUGGCCGUGUCGGAGGCGGGGGAAUUGACGACGGUCGCAACGGCGAUGUUUGCGGCGGUCACGACCUGGAUGCACAGGACAUCAGGUUUCUGUCGGAGAGCAAGAAGCUGCGGGAUGCCUUGCUGGCAGUAGAAGAUCUUCACUUCUGUGAGCUGCCGCUUACGAAGCAGGUGGAGCUCAUGAAGUGCCUGAGCAUUGUCGAUUUCUCCAGGGGGCAGAUCGUCUACAAGGAGGGAGACCUUUCGGACGCCCUCUACUUCUUGCUAGACCUCGCCGCAGAUGCGGAGUGGCAGUUGGACGCCGAGGAGGGUGGUAUGCUGACCAUGGAGACCAACGGAGACGGAGAUGAGCCACAACAGGUAAAUUUGUUGGCCAAACUACCCGCAACGGCCCAGACGGCGGUUCUUCAUGCUCUCAAGUACGCUGAUUACAAGCCUGGCGAGGUUAUCAUCAAGGAAGGAGAACCGGGAGAUAAGUUUUACAUGAUAGCGCACGGUACGGUCACGGUUACCGCGAUGACUGCGGACUCCCACGGCUCGGAUUAUUCUUCUUCCGCAUCAUCGAGCAACAUCGGCGAUGACGACAACGACGUCGAAGACAUGGACGACAAAGAUUCGUCCGAUGAACACGAGUUCGUGGCUACGUUGUCCCCUCCCGCCGAUACGCCCCCCACCGCCGUUGACGACCAAAGACAGUGGGUCAACGGUGGCGGUGGCGGUGAUGACAGUGGCAGCAGCGGUGGCAGUAACGAAAACAGUGUUUUGAAGGACAGCAUUGGAAUGGUUUUCCUACCGCUCACUGAGGGUCGUGUCCAGAAAAAUACACCAGUUCGUCGGCUUCCGCCCGAGGAGAACCACCGUCGCCCAACAACGCUGCUGACAGAAACUGUUGUUAGUACAGGGGCUCGAAGUGACAGGCGGCCCGGGGUAGCUGGGGUAGCGGUGGCAGCGGCGGGCGCAUCGGCAGGAAUGUCAGCAGCGGCGGAUAUUCCGGUGGUGGUGGACGAAGAAUCACCGAAAGUCAUCGACAAUGUGAUUGUACAUGAUGAUAUGACGACGGCAUCGGCGGCCAUUAGGGCUGAGAAAUGGGCCACAAACCAUUCCACGUCACAGCCCGAGGUCGCGGGUUGGAGCGAUCGAGAGUGGUCAUGCGUCGGUAGCCCUCCGACUGAAAGGGUUUUGACAAGGCUGUACGAAGGGAACAGCUUCGGAGAGAUGGCACUGAUCUACGAUGAGCCGAGAAACGCAAGCGUCCGCGCGACGACUGAGUUUGCUGCGCCGAGACACGGGGUCGGGUCUUCGAACGACUUUUCCACCUUGAGGGCACUGGCGGCGGUGCGAGGUGCGACACGAUCAAGCUUCCGAUCCACUGGGCAGUUGACGUUCGCGGGAGAUACGAAGGGAGAGACGAGCGGGCGAGUGAUCAACGACUACCGCGUGUGCGAGAGGAUCGGCGAGGGCAGCUUCGGAGUGGUGUACAAGGUGGUUCACGUGCAUACUGGUGAAGUCAACGCCAUGAAGGUCAUCACAAAACCGAGGAGGGGCGGGCAGAAACGUGAGCUCCUGGAACGGACUCUCCGGCGAGAGGUGUCCGUGAUGCAGAUGCUGAGGCACCCCAACGUCGUGACCCUGUGGGAGGUUAUCGACGAUCCUCGAUCGCGGAAGGUGUACAUGAUCCAGGACUUCAUGGAAAGGGGCUCCUUGCUCAAGGAGCAGUACGAAGUGGACCCCAUUCCCGAGCACACCGCCAUUUCCAAGUUCAUCCAAGCCGCCAGAGGACUCCAGUACAUCCACAGCUUUGGCAUCAUCCACGGUGACAUGAAGCCCUCCAACAUCUUGGAAGACGCCGAGGGCAGAGUGAAAAUAGCAGACUUUGGUGCCUGCGUGAUCGUAAACUCUGAGGACGCGGGUGGAGAUGGCGAUAUCAGCAGCAGCGGAACAGGCGCAGAGUCGCCCAACGACGGCGGGAGGGAUCGAGAUCGGGAUCGCCGCAGGCACCGUCGAAAGAAACGCGGACAGCGCGUGGGAGGAACCCCGAGCUUCCACCCCCCAGAGCUCUUCGGAGAGGGCGGAGUGUCUAGGAUAUCGUUUGCUAGCGACGUCUGGGCUCUUGGGAUAUCGCUUUACCAGAUGGUCGUCGGCAAGCUGCCCUUCUUCGGACGAACGUACAGGGCGCUAAUGGCAUCGAUAAAAAUGGAGGGGCUCACCUUUCCUUCGGACUGCCAGAUAGAGCCGUACCUCGUGAACCUCCUCCACAGGAUGCUUGACAAGAACCCGAACACCAGACUUUCCCUGGAAGAAGCGAUGAACCAUGAAUGGGUGACGCGAGAGGGCGUAUGCCCCCCACAGAUAGAGGAAGGACAACCAGGAGUGCCCAGCAUGGUUGAGAGAGCGGAGCCGCACGUUGCAGGUUUGCGAAGCAAGGGCACGUGGCAGCGACGGGCGGUACAUCUUACCAUGCACCACCCUGCCGACGGCGGCGGUGGUGACGGCAUCGUACGAGACAUAGCCGUUGGGGAGGGAGGCAAAGCGGUCGGUCGCGCCACCGGUGGUGCCGGCGAGAGCAACAUGCGGGCCAGAAGCAGCGUCAACGUGUCCACCUCCAAACGCCAUGUGCCUACUCUCAACAAUGAUCAUGCCCGCCGCAUAGGGGAUCGGGGGGACAACAAGACUUCGUCGGUACCUUUGUUCUUAGAUUCGCCGCCGCCGAGUUCUAAGUCCAACCGUUCUCCCUCGCCGACCAGACCGGAAACUCGUCAACAGGAAGAAACCCAGCAGCAUCACGACCAGAUUCGGAAGCAGCAGCCGGACCCUACAGCGGACGGAGGAGAGACAAGGGAGGAAGGAAGAGGUAGGAUAGGGGCCCGCCGCUGUUUAGGGCAAGAGGCGAAGGUGGGGGCGAAGGUGGAGGAGAAGGAAGACGAGGAGCCAGAAGUGUGGAGCGACGGCGACGACAAGAUCGCCAGCCCAAGAAUCUUGGAGAACAUCGUGGACAAAGGUCACUUGUUUCUCCCGCCAGGGUUGGCUCUUCACGCCCUUACCGUGACUUUGCCAGACGAAAUUGCGGCUUCGAGUGCGGUCCCAGCCUCAGCCAGGGCAACACCGGUGGCGCCACCUGCAUCCAACAGCGCCACCUCCAAGGAAGAGGACCAGGAAAGCGACCAGAGCGACACGGCCGAUGCUGCCGCUACAAGGAGCAGCAGCAAUGUACUUGCGGGAAGUAACGAGUGCGCGGGACCCGCGCCUCUACCGGUGCCGGACACCCAGCAGCAUGAGCCCAACGCCACGGCAUCUUCUGUCGUUACUAACGCAAUCCCACCAUUGCGGCGGCAGGUGAAGCCCCACCCACAAAAGAGAGAAGGGCAGGCUCUUCUCCGGAGGUCGCCGAUGCCGCUGUCAAGCUUGCUUUCUUCGCCGUCCCUACUGGGCUCUGUAGAUCAGCGAAUCCCGUCGAACACUGAGCAGAGCGACGAAGAGGAAGGAACCAGCGACGGCGGCGGCCGUUACGAAGGCCCUGGUCGUCAAGGAGCCGACCGCGGGGGUAACUACAGGAGCGUCUGUUCUUGUCCGGCCAUCGGCGCGACAGGCGCGUCUCCCCUAUUCGCCCGCCAUGAGCUAACGGAUAGAUCCGCCCUGGAGCGUUCGCAGCAACUGGUGAGAAAGCCAGACUUCCUGAUGCUACGGGCCAACCCCACCUUAGGCUCCAACAAGAGGGUGGUGAUUUCGUCGCUGAAAGCCGUCAGCUCCCUCCGGGCUUCCGCAGAAGGGGAGGUUGGUAGCCGCCGUUCAUCAGUCGGUGAUCGGGCCAACAGAGCAAAGGUUUCAAAGUGCGAUGCCCACGGCAGCGGGCUUGGCUUCAAGACAUUGGGGCGAAGAAUCGGUUUCCCGGACGAAAAGGCCACCAGUACCAGGAUAGGCUCUAGCGCACGCGCUCAGGCCAAGUUGUCGCACAACAAUCAAAGCAGUGGGCAAGAGAGCGAGGAUUCUUCCCACAACAACCCCAGGAUGGUUCACGAAAACCAACAAGCAGCGGCCGUCGCUCGAGCAGCGCAUUCGAGCCUCCCAGCCGUUAGGAGUGCCUUUGCUCUACUUUCACCACCAAGAAACAUCGCCACCAACACCAACAAGAAAAAGAACCCCACCAUCAAGUUCAGCACCACACUGGACAAUCGACAUCGACGCAAUGGUGGUGGCGGCAGCGGAGGCGGCGAACCAAGAAGGAACAGCAGUAGUAUGUCCGUAAAGAGCAGCAGCAACGGGUCUUUUGCCGGCCGUUCAGACGAGGAAGAGCAGGAGACUUUCACGAGGGCGACCACGGCAACACCCUUGCGUUCCAAGUUCCAAAAACCACCGACAUCAGCAGGAGCGGAGGGAGAAGGGGGAGGAGCGGCAGAGCGUUCGUUCGACCAUUCACAAUCGGGGGGCAACCCUUCGGAAAGAAGGGUGGGGAGCGGUAGCAGCGGGGGGGGCGUGAUCGAGAGAAGGAAGACUGUAUCCCGAUCUGCUUUGCUCGCCGGGAAGGAAGAGUCGAUGGGAUGUAUCGACGAAGAAGAGCCAGAAGAACUCCACAUGGGGGGGCACUCCACCCCACCAGGGAUGUCCGACGCCAAAGCCAGGAGUAAUCUGGGCAGCCUGCGAAUCGUAUCGGACAGCAGCACGGGCCUCGCGGAAAACAACUCGACCACUAGCUACGUAGGCAGCUCGGGUGCCGAGAGCAGCAACUGGGGAAUGGAGAGGUGGCGCAACGGAGCAGGCCCGCAGACCCGAAGAAACGACCUCAGAAGCUAUCAGCUCAUUUGUGCUUACGCCGGCAUCGGCGGCGCCAAGGGCGGAGUAGAGGGUCGCGUUGGCGAAGGCUUGACCGCAGCCAGUGAAAGCGGCAAGGAGGGUGAUUCCGGCGCCGGGGACGGGAACUCGGAGAACGAAAGCAGCAGCGACGGGAUGGGAGAGUCCUUGAGCGUGGCGGACAUCACGGAGUGCCUUGACUUCAUCGGGAACGGGGUGGCGCGAGAAGACCCGGAGCUACGGGAUCUUGACCACCAGGAAAUCCUCGCGCUGACCGCGGGCUCUGGCGCCAAACUUUCAAAACUCUCCAGGACUGCGUCCUCCUCGGGGGGCGAGAAUAGACUCCUGGGGCACGUGCAGGCCAGGGCCUGGGCGGGACAGGUGAACCUUGACGUGGGAGUUCGCUUCGGCGUUUCCCUGGACCAAGGCAAGCGCUACUGCAUGGAAGACACAAUGGCAUGCCUGACCGAUGCCUUCAGCGUUGUCAGAGGCAGCAAUGGUGCCGGCACCACGAAUAGCCCGCCCGAAUUGCCGUCGGAAGAGCAACGUCCAGAGUCUGGGUCGGCAGUCGGAUCUCAAACUGCCACUGCGACGGCGGCCAAAGGAACGGUGCCCGCUGUUGCUCUUGGAACAGCUGCGACGUUGACAAAGACUGCCGCAACGGCAACCACCAAAGCAACAUCAACGGCGCCAACGGGAACGCCGGAGGCCGCCUCAUACUUUGGCCUAUUCGACGGUCACGGUGGAGCCGACGUGGCGACGCGCCUCCAAGAUGCCCUACACCUUCGGGUACUGAAUAGCCCGAACUUUCCGUCGGACAUUCCACAGGCUAUAUGUGACGGAUGUCUCGAGAUGGAUCAAGAGUGCCUCGAGAUCAGCGACAGCAAGCGCCAGAUGGGCCCGGAGGUGGUCGAAAAAUCAACUUUCGCUGCCAAUUCGCUGAAGAAGCAGAAGAAGACUGAACAGACGUUUUCUGGGGCUGUGGCGGUGAUGGCGAUCGUCCACCGACCCCCCGCGCCCCCCGUGACAACGGCAGCGCGCGUGGAAGCUGCCGGAGGGUUCGUGUCCCGCGGCCGGGUCAACGGGAUCCUGGGCGUGUCUAGGUCGUUUGGCGAUAUCCACUGCAAGGUAGCACACACUAAUGUACUCAUCUGCGAAGCUUGCUCUAGGUACCGAUUUCCCCGCGGUUUCUGAUUUGCGUUGACACUUCUGUCCGAUUGCACGUAGUUCGCUGCUCGUUGUUUGAGUUGUUCGAGUCGUACAUGGGUAAUUGGCUGGUUUGCCAUGUAUUUAUCAAUACAUCGUGACGUUCUCUUGGAUGGUUGCGCUUGCGAUUGUCGUUUUUUCACCGAUUUUCGUCCUCGCGCCCAAACCCUUGCCAAAGAUUCCCUCCUCCCCACCUGCAACCAGCUGUCAGCACGUGUGAAGCAAAGCACCCAAAAUGAAGUGUACAAUUAACAAGCAGAGAGAGAGAGUGAGAGAGGAAGAGAGAGAGGGGAAUGUGUAGUCAGCCCCGUCACAAAGCGAGAGUCGCUCGGCGACAAACCGGACAUCGUCUCAGGGAAUGCCUACUCUCAACAAAACACUGAGCUAAGCAAACAAAUGAGCACACGUCCUCCCGAUUUUUAGCGUCCACUUCUCAACCUUCGACACCUAGAAAAAUUCUGAAAAGUUAUUGUCAAAUCAUGGGGAAAUUGUAACCUCUCCUGCAAAGGAACAAUAAUGCGUUUUGGCCUACGGGCUUACUCUAGACUCCAGAUGCGAAACGAACACCGCAGUAAUGCCUCCCGUUUACCGUCCCUGCGCAAAAAAACUUCGCCCCCCCCUCCCGAACUGCCGUAUUGCAUGCAUCGUCUGUAUCCGAACAA